AGAAGCGUUCAGGAAAGCUGUUCUCAGACAGAAUCAGUGAAAAUACAACUGCUGUGAGCCGUGGCUGCACUUCACUGCUCACAGCCUCAGGCCAUGAAGAGGCCAAUAAAGGCUGGAGCCCAAGAACUCCAACCCAGAUCGAAGGCUUCCUCUCUGGCACCCAGCCAUGAAGCUCCUUUUUCCUAUCUUUGCCAGCCUCAUGCUACAGUACCAGGUGAACACAGAGUACUUUGGCUUGAGAAGAUGUUUAAUGGGUUUUGGGAGAUGCAAAGACUACUGUGCCGUGGGUGAAACGGAGAUACAGAAAUGCAAGAAGAGGAAAUGUUGCAUUGGACAGAAAGUGGUUCAAAUGAUAAAAAACUACAUGCAAAAUGAAAUGUCCCACACACUUGAAAGGAACUCCCAAGAACACCUACAAGUUACCAAGAAUCCUGAUGCUUUGAUACAAACAAAAUACCAAAUUUUAUCUCUUCUCCCCAGAACCAAAAGCAUCAGCCCUUUUGCCAACGUUCACCCCCUCCUCAUCCCAAAUGCCACCACUGUAAACGCAGCCAUCACCAACCCUACGACCUCAUGCAAGAUCACAUACACUGCAAUUUCUGCCAAGAACAACACCACAGAAAGCAGAGAUUCGGCCAGUGACUCCUCACCACCAGCACCACCGCCAUAGACACUCUCAAUGCCAUGACUGGAGCCGGAGGAAGCAGAUGAGCAGAGGAGUCUUUCCCUUAAAACACCAGGUUCCUCUCCAUCUUUGCUGGCUGUAAAAUGAAACAAAGGACUGUUUCCUCAGUCAUUAGUCAUUCAAUAAAUACCGUUCAAUCACCUACAGUUUACAUAAUGUUAUCGUUCUCACGGAAACCUCACAGAGGAAACAGAGCUAGAGAGGAAUGGAAUUUUAGUUUGCAUGCCCGGGAGAAAGUGAGCACUGAACUUGGCUCACGGAUAGCCCAGAUUAGGCCUCUGUAACGAGGAUUUAUGGUUCUCAUCUGAUGCGCCUUUCUUGAGGUAACAGGACAAAAAAAAAAAUAUAUCGUCAUUAUUUUCUUUUUUCAUAGGUUUUUUAGAAAAGGCCCAUAUGCAAGACAGAAUGUGGGCAGACUAAGUCUACCUUCCCCGCAGAAGAACAUAACCUAAUUCAUGGAGCCAUUAAAAUU